UUUUUUAAUGGUGUAUCAAUUUAAACUAAUAACAACAAUAUAUAAUGAUAAAACCAAGAUACAACACAGAUAUCGAGAUUUUAUUGAUCGAUGCGAGCUUUCAUUGACAUUUAGCAAUAAUGGUUUAAUGAGCCUCCACACCCGUUUCCGAUUGUAAAACAUGGUAAAAUGUUUGAUUAUCAAUGUUAUAAAACCGGUCGCCUGAAAUGUCAAUACAUGUUCAAAACAUGCUCGCUAUGUAAAUAGUCCAAAAUUAACGAUCUAAACAAACAGUUCAGACUGCAAACAACGUUUGUUGAUCGAUAACAAAAGCAGUCAUCAGUUUGCGAAUUUUGAAAAAGGAUACCGAAGUCAAUAGUUUUUCCUGGCUCCACAAUAGAUUACUGGAUCAUUGCUGACUGUUUAUUUUCGAAAAUCGUCAAUAAUAAAGUUUGCAUUGGAAACAUAAAGUAGAGCGAUUAUCUCGCAGCGGAAAGAGGGCAGAUCGGCGUCAAUAUGGGGUGCUGUCAAGUAUUGUGUCGCAUAUUUUUGGUGCUGGUGAACAUCAUAUUUCUCCUUUUGGGUAUCGCCCUGUUCGCCUUGGGCUUGUUCGUACGCUUCGGCUCCUCGAUUCUCAACGGGUAUCUGGACACGGUCAAGAAAAGCCUCCAGGAGUCGGCGUCGGCGACAGGCGCCGGCACCGUGGACCUGUCCACGCUCGACAUAACUGGGCUCCUAUUUGGCGUCGCCCUCGGUCUCAUCUUCUUUGGCCUCUUCUUGACAAUCAUCGCGUUCCUCGGCUGCUGCGGCGGCUGCUGCAAGUUCAAGGUCUUGCUUAUCUUGUACGUGAUCAUUUGCGGCGUGUUGCUGGUGGCUCAAAUUGUUGUCAUCGGCAUCCUGUACGGCUCUCCAAAAACGUUCCACGACCCCGCGAAGAAGGCGCUCAAGGAGCAGAUACAGUCUGAUUUUCAGGGCAUCGCCGGAACUGACAUCGUUUCCAUGGCCUGGAACGUCGUUAUGCAAUUCGCGAAAUGCUGCGGAGUGGACGGCUAUGAAGACUUCAACAGCGCCGUUAAGUGGAACAGAACGUACUCUACGUAUAGGAUAGAUACACCUCUAGCCUGCUGUAAGGAAUUGCCGUCAUCAGCUUCGACCGUUACAUGCGCCGUAUUGCCACCAUCGGGCACUGCCAGUGAUGCAAACAGCUACCUGGAUACGGGAUGCUACGACAAGUUGUGGGAGCAAACCCUUGGUAACUCCAAAAUUGUUAUUGGCGUGCUUGUGGGCAUUGGUGUUUUCCAGAUUCUAUUGCUCCUCACUGCGCUGCUGUUGUAUAUAGACGCACGGAAAGUAGAACCAGAAGCCAACUUCUAACAGAAUCAACAGUAAAAUUCUCAUUUUAACGACAUAGAAACAAUAUGCGUUUCGGUAACUUGCUUAAUAUCCGUGAAAGACAAUCAAUGGGUUUAUGAUAAGGAAAUACUACAACAAAAAUAUGUAUCAGAAUGAAGCAGCGAUUAUGUGUAUGUAGAUUUAGCUCACUUUAGCACGACGUGCUCACGAUGAGCUUUCGCGAUCAUUGCUUGUUCGUCCUCCGUCGUGCGUCGUAAACAUUUUUUUAUGAAUGCUCUUGAUGUGACAUUUACUUCCCAAUCUUCAUUAAUCGUGGUCGGAUUUUUUUUUCUAUAAUCUCAAACGGGGUUGAAAUGAGUCUCGUGGGGUUAAUAACAAAGUAAAUAUAUCAACAUAUAGAAUAAGCUUUUCAACACCAUAUAAUUCACAUAUAUGCCAUCAUGCCAUCAUGCCAUCACGAAAGUGGCGAAUAACAUUUGUCCCAAUGAUAUCUCGGGUAAGUUCAAAAAAUGGUUCCAGUGCCGGUUUAGGUUACUGUUAUAUUUCACUGUUUGAAACAGUGCAAGGCCGUUUUAAAAGCACUUGUAUGUCCCCUUGAAACUAAAUAAAAACUUAAAAUUAAACAGUGUAAACUCUCUUGAUGUCGCAUUUAUUUCACACUCGUAAAGAAACGUGUUCUGAAUAAAGGUCCUGAAUAUAUAUCAGAUGAGUUUGCAUCUGUGUUAAAUGGGGUCAGAAUCUAGAUCACUAUGUCAGAUUAAGAAAGCUUCUGAAAAAAUAUAGAGGCCACUUUUAUUUCCCAAUGUUUAUGAAACUUAGUCAGAACAUUUUCCUUAAUUACAUUUCGGAAAAGAUCGAAAGUUGAAUCAACAAUUACGUCUCUAGGUCAAAUUAAAGAAAAGCACUGAAGAACACUCAAGAGACCAUAUCAGUCGCGUUCUGAGAAAACUGGGCAUAAUGCAUGUGCGUAAAGUGUCGUCCCAGAUUAGCCUGUGCAGUCUGCAUCAGGGACGACACUUUUAUGGUAUUUUUAGUUUAAAGGAAAUCUCUUCUUCACGAAAAUCCAGUUAAGGCGGAAAGUGUCGUCCCUGAUUAGUCUGUGCGGACUGCACAUGCUAAUCUGGGACGACACUUUGCGCACAUGCAUUAUUCCCAGGUUUCUCAGAACGCGACUCAUAUGUAUUGCCAAAUAAAACUUGGUGAUAAUUUGUUUGAACCAAUACCAUGUCCUUCGAGUUUGAAAUUGAGACACAUGGCAUAAACAACUAGCUAGGUCACUUGGUCAAAACUUACAGGCUUGAAAACACUCAUACAAUUUUUCUUAAUAUAUUUUGACAGAGUUCUUAAAUGGUUCUCGAAAAAUAUUUUAAAAAAGGCUGAUAAAAUAGUUCGUAAAAACCUUAGCCCUCGUGUUUUGCCAGACGCACAUGCAUUUUGAAUUCUAUCAUGUUACUGCAAGCAUAAUGCUUUCUUAACUCAUUUUUAUUUAUUGAUAUGUCUGCUCAAUUGAGUGUUAGGUAUGUUUGUAUUCAUGUCAAGAUAAUAUGUUCAUCAUUAUAUACCGUGUUUGGUUUUUGUUAUUUCAUGUCAGAGUUUUUUUCCAUGCUGUAUGUAUACACGUGUAUUUCCUUUAUGCAUUUUUUCAUGUUUUUUUAUAUUUUUAUUUUUGUCCAAAUAGUUCUUAUGCGAAUUUAACAGUGAGAAACUUAUGCUUUAUUGUUAUUAACGACACAUAAUCAUGCAAUUUUCUUUGUUUAAUUUCCACCGUCGCGAAAUAUUAUGCUAUAUAAAGAAAUAAACACAAAGGGAUCUACAACAAGGCAUCUAGUAAGCCAAUGUAAAAAAUGACAGGAUGUUGUUGUUACAGUACGCACUGUUACUAUACGUGAGAGAUUUUCAAAAAACAGUACGGGAUUGUUCUUAGUUUUAAAUUCAUAAAGAACUACGCAAUAGUAUUAUUCAUAUACUAGUACGCAAUAAUUUUACAAAACAGAAAGCAGAAUAUGUACGCUAACAGUACGAAAUGUGUAUUGAUUUAAGUUGCUGAGUAAAUAAUUUUGAGUCUUCAAAAAGCAUUUGUGGAAGUUUGUUGACUUUUCGUUUACUUAACAUCUGUGAGGUAUUGCUACACACUCCUUUCUGUCAUAUCAAGUUGAAAAGUAAUCAAUGAUACAAACUUUGCAUAAUUGUUCGUGUGUGUUUGUGUGUUUGUACCUUGCUUUUUAUACGAUUUGUAGAGUAAACAAAGUAGGACACAACAAAAAGAUGAACUCUAUAAUCCGUCCAUAUACAGUUUUCUGUGAAUCAGAUGUGUUUUUAGUGAUAUUUGUUAUGUUUGUGUGCUCACGACGAAUUAAGAAGUUGAAUGAGGGACCAUUCUAUUUUGUGUGUACAUUGUAUUUGAUAUAAAUGCACGUUCAAAUGUAUUUGACAAUUAUUACACGUAGCGACCUACGAGUGAGUUUAAAAACGUAAUAUUUGUUAUCCGUUUGCUUCUUGCGUGUUUUAAAUUGUAUCUUAUAAUUGCACAACAUGAUUUAAACAUUGAUUGCCAUAUAAUGAAGUAAAUGAAUCUCGUUCUGGGCAACGGUGCCUACGGCGUGUGCAGUCCGAACAGGCUAUCGGAGACGGCACUUACGGCCUAAACUGCACAAUGUUUGAAAGAGACGUACUUUCAAGGAAAAAAUACCAUAAAAGCGCAAAGUGUCUUCCCUGAUAAGCCUGCGCUGACUGUGCAUGUUCUUACGACCCUUACGCACGUGCAUUAAGCCAAGUUUUCCCAGAACAAGACCCAAAUUGUGAUAGGAAACGAGUACCUUUACCGCUGGACGGUGUGAUACAAACAGGAAACGUUCCCUGUGUAUAGAAACCAAACAGGCCACACAGAGACGCGUAAACAAUAUGAGAAGAUUUCAUCCACUACGGAUUUGUUUGUAUUCUAGACUAAAAUAUUAAUAUAAGGUUAUGCGCAAAUGUCGCUUUGUUGUUUUUAAGAUGUUCUUUCACGAAUACACGAUGAUGUUCCGACAGUAAAUGUUGUAUUGUUUAUCGCUGUGAAUGCAAUAAUUUUGAAUGUUGAUCUUUGAAUAAUAAUUAUAAUAUUAAUAAUAAUGAUAAUGAUAAUAAUUUUAAUUGUAAUAAUAAAAUAUAAUAAAAAUAAUACUAAUACUUAUAAUAAUAAUUAAUAUAAUAAUAAUAUAAUAACAAUAAUAAAAAUAAUAUAAUAACAAUAAUACUAAUAAUUCCAAAGAUAAUAAUAUAAUGAUAGAUAAAUAAUUAUGAAACAUGUCAUUAUUAACACCAAUCGAAUGGUCUCCAAACAAGAUGUUAUCCUUAAUAAGCUGAAAAUAUUAUAAUGUUGUGACGCUUUAGGAUUAUUUUAUAUUUUUUACUCGUAUUACAUGUAUAGUGAAGUACACAAUUGUUUUGUCGUUAUGUGCGCAUGGAUUAUGCAUACCAAAUCUGUGAUUAAUCCCUAUUUUUUAAUAUUUGUUGUUUUAUUAAUAAAUCUCUGUUCUGGC